AUAUGCACGCGGUAGUGGGCGGCUGGGGUUGCUUUAAGACUGUAAUCCCAGGCACGCUUUCUGGAGAGUAAGCCCCGCUGACCAUAGUGGGUCUUGCUUUUGUGCAGAAUUGGGCUGCAAGCUAUUAGUGCUGAGCUCCCUGGGGUAUUCAGGCUGAUCACUAGAGACCUGAUACCAUCCGUUCCUGAGUCCCAACUGCAGGCAAUAUGUUGUGAACGUAGCGAGCAAUCUGGUAUUACUGGGUGAUAAAGGGGGAAAAGGUUAGAAAACGCUCAGAGAUUCACUGAACAGGAACUUUUGCACCUCGUUUCCCCAAAAGUGGACUUGAUUAACUGUUGGGAUGUGCAGCUGGAUCUUAUGAGACUGGACAGGACCAUUUUCCUAUCAUAAGGUGGAAUUGGGAUAAUUGGAUUUCUCCCUUUUUGGAGCAUCGUGUCAUUUUCUGAGAUAAUUAUACAAAUGGGUUUAACAAAUAGGUAAUAAUAAGAAGGUGCCCUGUUCAGCGGUCUGAAAAUUUCUGGAGGUUUAAAUGGAUGAGGUGUAAGAGGGGCUAGUGUCUGGCUAGAUUUUAAUGUAGGGUGUCUGCCCAGAUUCAACUCAUCACUCUGGCAUAAAGUAAUCUUGGGCUUACUCAACCUUACCUGUCUGCCUCACAGCCUGAAAUAAAGAGAAUUGUGUAUAUCCCUUGAGAUCAAUGGAGAAACAGGGCAUAAAAAGAUGCUAGAAGGCGGGGGGGGGGGGGAAGGGGGGCUAGUUCUCCUGAGAAUUACCUGUUGAAGGAUAUCUGAAGAAAAUUCAAGGAAUGCAACUGAGCCGUGCUCUCCGGAAUGUUAUGGAACUACUAAUGCUUCAAGGAAGGGAUGCCAAUAAUAUUUGUGGAUGAGUGACCUUAAGACAUAAGGGACACACUUUAAAAGAAAUAGUGGCUUUAAAAAACCCUAAGAGUUCAUUUUAUUAUAUAUGGAUUUGUGCAACGGAAGCUUUGGAGCAUUUAUGCAAGUGGUUCUUGCAGCUCUGAGCAGACUCCUCCUCCCGAAUCUGUCCUGAGUCAACAGAGAGUUCUUUAUGGUGUGGGGUUUCAUGAAUGAAGUGUGUCUGCUUCUUGGCACCAGAGCCGUCUCAGCUGCGAGGAGAACAAAACAGCUUUGCCGCGGGAAGAGGAGAGCAGUGGCAGGAUUAAGGAUUCAAUGAAGCAGCGAUUAAACAGAUCUACAAAGCAUCGAAUCAAUAGAUCAGCAAAGCACUGUUUCUACAAAUAGGCAAAAAAAUAAAAAAACGAAGGCGGUUGUUUUGAGAAGAAAGCCAUGUGCUGCGGAGCUGAAGGAGCCUGGUCAGAAUGCAGUGCCCCAGAACUCUGUGUAUUAUUGUGACUUCCCCCCUGUCCUCGAAACGUGGUGUGCUGGGACUACGUCGGGGUCUGUGCCGAAGGAGAAGCUUGUAACGCCAGAAGGGCCAUGGGCUUGAGCUAUGCCUGUCUUCACGUAUCCUACAAACUCAAGCUGCUGAUGCUUUUCACCGCGUGCAUUUUACUGGUGGGCUGGGCCACCUCCUCGUACUUGGUCGAUGCUGUGCACGAAACGCCACAAGCAAAAAGCGCGGUGGCAAGCUUCCGGAAAUCAACCACUAGUGCUGAAGAGCAAAAGGAAGAUCUGGGCAGGCAAGCCAGGGCUACUGUGAAGCUACCAACUGUGAAACUGCCUACCACAAAGUCCCUUUGCCCUCCUCUGUCUCCCUACCUACGGGGCCCCAGCAAGCUCACCUUCAGGGCCUCUCUCACCCUGGAAGAGGUGCAGAAGGAGAAUCCUCAGGUAUCAAAGGGACGGCAUCACCCAGAAGACUGUUUAGCCCAGCAGAGAGUGGCCAUCCUGAUCCCACACCGUAAUCGAGAGAGGCACCUGCUCUACCUGCUGGAGCAUCUUCACCCGUUCCUGCAACGGCAGCAGCUGGACUACGGCAUCUUUGUGAUUCACCAGGCUGGUGAGGCCAAGUUUAACAGAGCAAAACUGCUGAAUGUUGGCUACUUGGAAGCCCUGAAGGAGGAGAACUGGGACUGCUUCAUAUUCCAUGAUGUGGAUCUGGUUCCAGAAAACGACUAUAACAUUUACAUGUGUGGAAGUCAGCCGACGCACCUGGUGGUGGGCAGAAACAGUACGGGGUACAGGUUGCGUUACCAAGGAUACUUUGGAGGUGUCACUGCUCUAACAAGGGAGCAGUUUUCCAAAGUGAAUGGCUUUUCUAACAACUACUGGGGCUGGGGAGGAGAAGAUGACGACCUUCGGCUCAGGGUUGAAAUGCAGAGGUGGAAAGUGAUCCGACCGUCUCCCAACGUUGCCAAGUACACCAUGAUCUUCCACACAAGAGACAGAGGCAACGAGGCAAAUGGACAGCGGAUGAAUCUUUUGCGGCAGGUAUCUCGAGUAUGGAAAACGGAUGGGCUAAACUCUUGUACUUAUAAGCUGCUCUCAGUGGAAUACAAUCCUUUGUACACCAACAUCACUGUGGAUUUUGGCAUGCCAAUCAAGACCUCAUAACAUUCUCUCUUGCAACAAUGAAUGUGGGAAUGGGAAAGGACUUCCAAGCGAACAGAACUGCAGCAGCUUUUUAAGGGCGCUUCGUCAGAGGUUUCCCAGCAGCCACUGCACUACAGAGGUACAUUCAUGUCCUCAUAUUUGCAGUAAGUUUUGUCUUGAACUUCAGGAUGGCUCUGGUGAUUAAGGCUGAUUUGUGCAAAUGUCUCCACGGAACUUUUUUUUUCCUGGAUGAAACAUUGCCCCUUCCCCUGGAGGGAAUACUGGUUUGCUGAUAUUGAAUUUCUACCUUUCUAAAAUAGGAACUGGAAUAUACAGACAAUACAGUGGCAUCUGUCAGUGAUGCAAAGACAAAGGGCUUCUUUCACCCACAGCAAAACUCCUUUAUAAAAACAGAAGUACUAUGCUGCAAAAUUUGUUUCCUGCAGGCAGCGGAACGGUCAUCAUCGUUGACUGAAGGGAAGAUACAGACUGCUGUCCUGUAACAGCCAUAAUGAGAAUGUCGGAGAUUUUAACUCAAAUAAAAUAUAGUAUCUCUA